GGCCGUACAGCGUUUACGCAUCUUGGGGUUAGAGCAUAUGCCUUACCCUGGGCUUGCGAGGCUUGCCGCGGAGAUGGUUAGGAUUUCCGAGGAUGGUAUCCGCCAGGCAGGCGAGAUUAGGCGCAUGGCGGAGCCUGUUCCGGAGGCUGAGUAUCAGGCAGCACCGGGGGCUCCCAGAGGAGGAGGCCGUGCUGGCAGAGGACGUCGUGCUGCCGGAGGAGGCCGUGCUGGCAGAGGACUGGUAGAUGAGGCGGAUGAGGCCGAUCCCAUUGCAGAGGGCGUUCACGGUCUAGUCCAUCCGCAGCCCUUCCAGGCCGGUGGCAGCUCACCUGGAGACUCACCUACGUUUACGCCGGCGCUCUUACUUGCUGAGAUACCCAGGUCUUCAUCACAGCCGAGCCAUAAUGCAUACAUGGAGGAGCGUGAUAACGUUGAUCGGGCAGCGUUACGCGCUUCAUUAGCUGAUGAGCGGCCUGUGAGGAAUUUAGAGGGAGCCCGGAUUCUUGACUUUGAUGAGUUUUUGAUCCCGGAUUCGGCGCCAGCGGGUCCAUCAGAGCCACCCACUCAGGCAUUUUCUCAUGGGUCUGCCGAGCCAGCAGUGUCUUCCCAUAUGACUACCGAGCCACAGGAUUCGGCGCCAGUGGAUCCACAGGAGCUGCCCAUUCCAGAGCAUUCUCAUCAGCCUGCCGAGGCAGUGGUGUCUUCUCAUGAGACUACCGAGGCGCAUGUAAGUUUUUUACUUAAAACUAAUUUUAUUCAAUAUAAGGUAAAUGUUUAUUUAAUUUUUAUAACCUUUACUUGGACUUCGAACAGCAUCUCGUCCAGGAGACUACCUCAUAUUCACCAUCACACCCAUUUCAGGAGGCUACAGACCCAUCUCAGGAGCCUUCUCAGGCGCCCGUUGACACACAGGUUUGAUUAAAUAAAUAACGUUAAUGUAUUCAACAUAAAUAAGAAAUGGUACUAAUAUUUAUAUAUUUUUCAGGUUCAUCCUUCGGCGCCUGCGGUGGCG